GUGUCUCCGUGUGCUCUUCUGCGGCUGUUUCAAACAUGGAGGAGAGUGAGAGGGACAGAGAAAGUAAGAAACCAGACAGUAAAGAAACGGUACCUGCUACGGGUUCAGUACCGCAGCAUGAGUCGGACUCACUGAGUAGUGCUGGUGCGGAUGACGCAGAUAAAACAGACGUGUGCUCCGACAACUUCGACCCGCUGCUGGCCUUGUACUCUCCCACUGUCCCGCUCCCUUUCCCUAACAUCAAAUGCUUCAACAACGUCGCCGAGUAUGAGAGCUUUCUGAAGGGCGGUCGGGGCAGAGCCAAGCCGGAGAAUGUGGAGAAAAAGCGGCGUAAGGCCAUGAAAGGAGUGGCUGACCCGGAGCGUAUCGAGAGGCUAAAGAAGCUCAUGGUAAACAACCCGGUGCCCGAAGCAGAGGAGGAGGGGGAGAGCAGCGGCACACCACGCCGACGGAGGCAGAAGACCCAGAAAAAUGUCCUGACGAGGAUGCCCUUAUGCAAGGGCAGUCCUCUGGGUGAGCUGCACCGAUGCGUUGAGGAGAGGAUAAGGGUCAAAGUUCACAUCAGGACCUUCAAGGGGUUGAGAGGCGUGUGCUCUGGCUUCGUUGUGGCCUUCGACAAGUUCUGGAACAUGGCGAUGGUGGACGUAGAUGAGACGUACAGAGAGCCUCUUCUUGGAGAGGCAUUGUACCACGAGAAAGCCCUCACUAUUUCACGGCUCUUUGAGAAGUUAAAGCUCCAGGAAAGCUCAGGAGGUGAUGAGCCAGCAAAACAGCGCAAAGCCCAGGGAAAAACUGACAAGCAUCAGCCCGCAAACCCUAACAUGACUCCAAAAAGCCUGUCUGCUCAGAGACAGGGAGGAGACGGCAGGACAGAGCCCAAACUGUCAGAGAGUGCUAAAACCAAACAGGGUAAACAUGAAAUCUCGCUGAAGGCCCAGGAUCCAGAGAGCUGUCAGAAGAAAGACUCCCAGGCAUACGGGAAGGUCCACACACGUCACAUCAACCAGCUUUUCAUCCGGGGUGAGAACGUUAUCCUGGUUAACCCGCAGCCUCUCUGA